AUGGCGCAGUACGGGUACGGCGGACAACAAAACCCCUUCGACCAGCGGGGAGAUGCUGGAAAUGGUGGAUAUGGUGGAGGAAUGCCGUCGCGACCAAACUACGGACCAGCAAUGGGUAGGGACGACUAUGGCUCGAACAACGUCGAGAUGGCCUCGCUUACCCAGAACCCCGGCUCCUUUGCGACCGGAAACGCGAACUCUGUCUUGAACGAGGUCUCAGAAAUCAACCGCGGGAUCGAUAUGAUUGACCGAAACCUCGACCAGCUGAAGUCUCUCCAACAAAGAGCCCUUGACGAUGCCGAUGCCUCUGCUACGAGCAAUACCAACCGCCAACUUGACGCGCUCAGCUCCGAGACUAUGGCUCAUUACAGACAACUGACCGAGCGAGUACGACAACUCAAGAGCAACCCUGAGAGCCAGCAGAAGUUUGGUCAACAAGUUCGCCGCGUCGAUGGCAGGUUGAAGGAUGCUAUUCGAGCCUACCAAGGUGUUGAGUCAGCUUUCCGCAAGAAGACGCAAGAACAGAUGGCGCGGCAGUAUCGUAUCGUGCGACCCGAUGCUGACGAGGCUGAAGUUCGCGCCGCUGUCGAGGACCAAACUGGCGGUCAACAAGUUUUCCAACAAGCAUUGAUGCAGAGCAACCGUCGUGGCCAAGCCCAAGCCGUCCUGAGCGCAGUCCAAGACCGACACGCUCAGCUAAAGAAGAUUGAGCAACAGAUGAUCGAACUUGCGCAACUCUUCCAGGACAUGGAUACCCUCAUCAUCCAACAAGAAGCUGCCGUGACCAACAUUGAACAGAAGGGCGAGGAAAUUGUUGAGAACAUCGACAAGGGAAACCAGGAGGUCGGUGUCGCUAUCACCACUGCCAGGUCCACAAGGAGAAAGAAGUGGAUCUGCUUGGGUAUUGUUGUUGCCAUUAUCGCCAUUAUCGUCAUUGUUGUUGUAGUAUACGUCGUGGUCACAAAAGGAUCGAGUGGUGGCAACAACAACAAUUCCAAACGAAACCUCUUGCAGCCAAAUGCCCGCUCAUGGUUCGAGAUCGCCGCUGUUCCCAAUCUGCUUGUUGAGAGAGCUCAUCCGAGGGCCCUUGGUUGGCAGCCUGGCGAGUAA